GGAAGAAGAGGCAGGAAAGAUAAAAGAUUGCUGGGACAACCAGGAAGCACCUGCACUCUCCACGUGUAGCAAUGCCAAUAUCUUUCGAAGGAUAAAUACCAUACUGGAUAAUUCUCUGGAUUUCAGCAGAGUCUGCACUACACCCAUAAAUCGAGGAAUUCAUGAUCAUUUGCCAGACUUCCAGGACUCUGAAGAAACAGUUUCAAGCAGGAUGCUUUUCCCCACCUCUGCGCAAGAUUCUUCCCGUGGCCUCCCAGAUGCAAAUGACUUGUGCCUUGGCCUGCAGUCCCUCAGUCUCAUAGGCUGGGACCGACCCUGGAGCACCCAGGACUCAGAUUCCUCAGCCCAGAGCGGCACACACUCCGUACUGAGCAUGCUCCACAACCCACUGGGCAAUGUCCUGGGGAAACCCCCCUUGAGCUUCCUGCCUCUGGACCCCCUUGGAUCUGACUUGGUGGACAAGUUUCCAGCACCCUCAGUUAGACGAUCCCGCCUGGACACCCGGCCCAUCUUGGACUCCCGUUCUAGCAGCCCCUCUGACUCAGAUACCAGUGGCUUCAGCUCUGGAUCAGAUCAUCUCUCAGAUUUGAUUUCAAGCCUCCGAAUUUCCCCUCCCCUGCCCUUCCUGUCUCUGACAGGGGGUGGUCCCAGAGACCCUUUAAAGAUGGGAGUUGGGUCCCGGAUGGACCAAGAGCAAGCUGCUCUGGCUGCAGUCACUCCUUCCCCAACCAGUGCAUCAAAGAGAUGGCCAGGAGCUUCUGUGUGGCCAUCCUGGGACCUCCUCGAAGCUCCCAAAGACCCCUUCAGCAUAGAGAGAGAGGCCAGGCUACACAGGCAAGCUGCAGCUGUGAAUGAAGCCACCUGUACCUGGAGUGGCCAGCUUCCUCCCCGGAACUAUAAGAACCCCAUCUACUCUUGCAAGGUGUUCCUAGGAGGUGUUCCUUGGGAUAUUACGGAAGCUGGAUUGGUUAACACCUUCCGUGUUUUUGGCUCUUUGAGUGUGGAGUGGCCUGGUAAGGAUGGCAAGCACCCCCGGUGUCCUCCCAAAGGUAAUACGCCUAAAGGGUAUGUGUAUCUGGUCUUCGAACUAGAGAAGUCUGUCCGGGCCUUGCUUCAGGCUUGUUCUCGUGACUCACUGAACCCAGAUGGCCUGAGUGAAUAUUACUUCAAGAUGUCCAGCCGAAGGAUGCGCUGCAAGGAGGUACAAGUGAUCCCCUGGGUCUUGGCUGACAGCAACUUUGUUCGGAGCCCAUCUCAGAGACUUGACCCCAGCAGGACGGUGUUUGUCGGUGCCCUGCAUGGAAUGCUCAAUGCCGAGGCCCUGGCAGCCAUUCUGAACGACCUAUUUGGUGGCGUGGUGUAUGCUGGGAUUGACACUGAUAAGCACAAGUAUCCCAUUGGGUCUGGACGUGUGACUUUCAAUAACCAACGUAGUUACCUGAAAGCAGUCAGUGCUGCUUUCGUGGAGAUCAAAACCACCAAGUUCACCAAGAAGGUUCAGAUUGACCCCUACCUGGAAGAUUCUCUGUGUCAUAUCUGCAGUUCUCAGCCUGGUCCUUUCUUCUGUCGUGAUCAGGUGUGCUUCAAGUACUUCUGCCGAAGCUGCUGGCACUGGCGGCACAGCGUGGAGGGCCUACGCCACCACAGCCCAUUGAUGCGGAACCAGAAGAACCGAGAUGCCAGCUAG